UUUGGUGCGGAAAAUAUUGGAACCAAAAAUUUUGUUAAAUAAACGGGGCAAUGUCCUUUGAAGCAAAGAAAAGUCCAGUGUUGUAAUAAAGUAUAGAAUUGAUAAGAAAAUAUUUGAAGUGAAGUGAUUUGCCAAUAAUAGGUGACGUGUCAAACCAAACAUUACCCGAAAUGGAUCAUCAUAGUGGUGGUUUUGUGGCCUCACCAUGGGCUGCCGUUUUGGGCCACCAUGCAAUGGCCGCGACCGCCGGUGCCGAUGCAGGAUUUGCAGCAGCGGCUGCAGCGCAUGUGCAAAAUGUUGCUGUGGCCGCACAGCACCAUCAUCAUUCGCAUCAUCAAAUAGCCGCUGCUCAUCACUCACAUCACCACGGACAUCCGCAUUCGACACAUCCGCACCAUCCCCACCACCACCAUCAUCACACACACCCGCAUUCGCAUCAUUUAAGUCCCACCGGUAUGCCAAUGGAUUUGCAUGUCCCCCAAGGAUUUCCCUAUUACAGAUACCGUGAAGAUGCACUUUGCUGGGGUGAUCGAAAAUCUAUGGAAGAGAUUGGUGCUGCUCAGUCAUCAGUUAAUGCACGAAUUCUAGAAUUACGCAAAGAAAAAUCCCGCGAUGCAGCCCGCUCUCGACGUGGCAAAGAAAAUUUCGAAUUCUAUGAAUUGGCCAAAAUGUUACCCUUACCUGCAGCAAUCACCAGUCAAUUGGAUAAGGCUUCGAUAAUAAGACUGACCAUAAGCUAUUUAAAACUAAGAGACUUCUCCAGUCAUGGUGAUCCACCAUGGACCCGGGAACAGAGCACCAGCAGCAAAUUGAAAAGUGCAGCCAUAAGACGUAGCCCCGCCGUUGAUUUGUUUGAACAACAUCAGGGUACCCACAUACUACAGUCUUUGGAUGGCUUUGCCUUGGCAGUUGCUGCUGAUGGCCGUUUCCUGUAUAUUUCGGAAACGGUAUCCAUAUAUUUGGGCUUGUCCCAGGUGGAAAUGACAGGCAGCAGUAUUUUCGAUUAUAUACAUCAGGGUGAUCAUGCCGAAAUUGCUGAACAACUUGGCCUAAGUCUGACAUCCGGCGGUAUUAAUGGAUCAUCAUCUGGACCGGCUGGCAUGUCAUCACCACACUCUGGAGGCUCGGAUGAUGGUAUUGGCUCACAUGGUACCAAUAAUCCAGAUGUUUCCGGUCAAAUGACAAUGAACUCAAAUAGCGGCUAUAAAGGUUUCGAACGUUCAUUUUGUGUACGCAUGAAAUCCACCUUAACCAAAAGAGGCUGUCACUUUAAAUCUUCCGGUUAUAGGGCUAAUAAUGACCAAUCGGCCAGUGGUGGUAAAAAUGGUAAAAACUUGGGCACCAAUUAUUCGGUUGUCCUGCUAUUGUGUAAACUACGACCGCAAUACACAUUCUCACACACAAGGAAAUCCCAACCCCCUCUAUUGGGUAUGGUUGCACUGGCCAUAGCGCUGCCACCACCAUCUGUGCAUGAAAUACGCUUAGAGUGCGAUAUGUUUGUGACAAGACUUAAUUUUGAUUUUCGCAUUGCCCACUGUGAACCAAGAGUAUCGGACUUGUUGGAUUACUCGCCGGAAGAAAUGGUGGGCAAAAGUAUGUAUGCCCUGUGCCAUGCUGAGGAUGCCAAUCGUAUGCGAAAACAUCACACAGACCUUAUUGAAAAAGGUCAAGUCCUAACGGGCUAUUAUCGCCUAAUGAACAAAAGUGGAGGCUAUACCUGGAUGCAAAGCUGUGCCACCGUAGUGUGUAACUCGAAAAAUGCCGAAGAACAGAAUAUCAUUUGUGUAAAUUAUGUAAUAAGUAAUCGUGAAAAUGAAAAUCUCAUCCUGGAUUGUUGCCAACUGGAGCCAAGCAUUGACAACAUCAAACACGAAGAUAUUUCAAGUCUUGACAAGAGUUCAGGUUCACCAAGUGGUGAUCCAUCGACGAGUACAAUGGAUAAUGGUGGUCUCAGCGGCCUGGCGGGAGCAGAGACUAAAUUAGCCUCACCCAAAACAGAACCCGAAUCCCAACAGCAACAACAACAACAAAGAUCCAGAGGCCGAAAUGCCAACAAUGUAGCAAACAACAAUUUGAAUAUGAUUAAGGACAGUUCCAGCACACCAACCAUUGUGGGAGCAAUGGACGAUGGUUCGGCGAAUAAUUUACCCACCACAGUUGCUCAAGCUCCCACACCGGCACCCAGCACAACAAAGCGUAAACGCAAGAGCAAAGUUGUACCCCAGCAGACCGAUGUUGAUUCCAGCAAUGGCGCUGUUGAUCCUGUGGUUAAUGAACCAAUUGCCAAAGUUCCUGCUUUAGAUCGUGAUACUCCACGUAGUAGAUUGCCCUCGAUCAUAGAUGAUAACCAACAACAUCAGCAACAGCAGCAGCAGCAACAACCACAGCCACCACCAACUCAACCUCCCCAGAUACAAAGUGCUGAAUCAUCUGUCAAGGAUUUAGAGCAAGCCAUGUCAAAACACCUGCCGUCACCCAGUAACACGGCUGGGAAUCCAGUGGCCAAUACUACCGAUUUUAGUACAGAUUCUUUGCUCAAACAACAACAGCAACAAAAUGAAAAGAGCAGCACCAUUCAAUGGAUUGGAACACCGCAUUAUCAGCAGCCAGCACCGCCAAUGCCAGCAACAGCUCUCCUACGACAGCUCUAUGCAAAUCGCGAAAGUGUCAUCAGGGCCACAGCGCGGCAAACUCCCACCGGUGUGUUUUAUGGUGACCAACAGACCGGUCCCCUACCCACACCACCUGGCAGCGAGUCAUCCUAUGAUAAUCAAUACAUUCAAUUGCAUUCACAUCCUCAAAAGACUUCAACGGAUGCCUUCACCAAUUUGGUAUCCACCUAUGGUACUUAUCAUCAUAGCUCGAUAGAUUAUCACAAUGCCAUGACACCACCCAGUUCGGUAUCACCACGUGAUUCCAACAACUCUUUGAAUGCUGGAAAACCUCCCACAACCGCAACAACAUUGACCACCCUGAAUGGUAGUUAUGAAUAUGUUGAUCCUUUAAAGUCACAAUAUCCCACGACUACGACCAGUGCAACAGAUGUCUCAUCACCACUUCCACUCAAACCUCAACCCUAUUCGGCCACGGCAGCAAUGCACCACACAGGCACUACUGCCGAUGCCACCAGUGGCCUGACCUAUAGCAAUUUAGAUCAACAACAAUAUUUUACUCCCCACUCCAGUUUCCAUUUGUAUCAUAAGGGCGCCCCAACAAGUGGUUGGUAUUCCACACCGUCAUAGGUCGACCUAAAUAAUCAAAAUUUCGAAACAUCGUCAACUUUCUUCGAUUCAUGUGGAACAUCUUCACCAGCUACGUCAGCAUCAUCGUUAUGGCAUCAAAGCUAUGUGCCAACAAAUGCAAUGUGUGGUAAUGGCAGUGGCAGUACAUUUGUAGGUCGAAAAGAUGGCUGGGACAUAGUGGGUACAUUGGGUAAGGUGGCACGAAUGUUUUUCAAUGUUCGAAAGGGAAACUGAAAUUGGGAAUUUUAAGUGGAUUCGAAUUUCGCCAUUUUACACUAAUCAUAAACUAUUAAGGUGGUGUGGUUAGAUUCCUUCAAAACUUUACAUAUUCCAAAUUUUAAGAAAUGUGUCGACAUGACAAUCAAAAGUGAGAAAGAAUUAUUAAAUAUUUAUUGAAACAACACGUUGGGCGCAACUUUACUAGCUCUCAGUGCCAGAUAGCCCGAAUAUUUUUUGUAAAGAUCAUAUAAACGAUUUUAAAUUAAGACGGAAAGUGUGUUGCAUGAUGUUCCACCAAAUUUGACGAUUAAAACUAUUGUAUAUUGAGGGUAAAAGCCUUGUACAUUUAAUACAUAAAUGUCAAUUAUAUCAGCUUUAGGUAUGAUUGGCUAUUAAAAGAAUUUAAAACGCUUUGGCAUGUAAAUAUUUGAAAAGAAAAUAGAAUUAAGAAAUAGCUUGGGUCCGAUUAUGAAUAGGAAAUCAUAACGUUGUUGGUUUGCCAACUGAUUAUACAGCAUUUCGCAAAACGAUUGGUAGUUGGCAACUAUAAACGUCCACCAUAAUUUAUGGUGUUGGCAAUACAAUUUUCUGUGUUGGUUGGUAAUUCAACUAAAGAUCGUAGGACACAAUACAGCCAUUAAUCACCACAAAUACGCAUAAAUAAUUAAAUAUUUUGAUAAAAUUAAAAACAAAACUCAAAUUCCAAUGAAUUUUAGGAAGCCAGCAAUUAAUUAUUUCCAUACUUUAUAUAAACAAUUGUAUAUUUUUUUCAUUUUGUGAAUGGUAGUAUGUUAAAACAUUAAAUGUUGUUAAAUAAUUGUUAAGAUUUGUAAAUUAAAAAACAAAAAAAAAAGAGAAGAAACAAAAAUCAAACUACAACCAUUAUCCUAAACAAAUACUCAUACUCAAUUCUCAAUAACAAACGAGAUUUAGUUAUUAAAACAUAAACCAACAUAAUUACAACUAAAUUUAAUAUUAAGACACCAAUUCCCAGAUAUACUCAAAGUAAUAUUGUAAUUUUGCAUAAAAUAUAAGCUUACAUUUAAAAAAAAAGCAAAUAAAAAACAAACUCCAUGAAAUGUUGUAUGUAUAUUCCCAAAAACAAAAACCAACUUCCAAGACUUAGAUAGUGUGCCAAUAAUUUAAAACAAAAACAAAAAAAUGAAAAAUUAUUACAAAACGACAAAUUUUUAUUUAUACAUUUCUUGUUUCCGUUAACUUUUUGUAUAAUUAAAUUCGUUUCUAAACAACAUAUCAAAUGCUUCCUGUUUUAAAUUAAGAUUUAUUAGAAUUAAUCUCCCAAUAAACAAAAUAAAUUUUAUUAAAAUUCUAUGAAUAAAUUUAAGAGUUUUACAAUUUUUGUUAAGCAAAUUGUUUUUCUUUUUGUAAUAUUUUUUUCUUUUUCUAAUGCUUUAAGUUUCUAAAUAUUAUCAUAAUUGUUUUACCAAGUUUUGUUAAUAGUUUAAUUAGCAAUUUUUAUAAGAUUUUAUUAAAUAAUUCUUUGUCAAUAGUUACAAAUUGUAUAUUUAAACAACAAUCAAACAACAUUAUAUGAAAACAGAACACAUAAGCCACACAAUUUUAUGCAUAAGAAUGAAGUUUUGCUAAAAUAUUUAAUGUUCGCUAUUUUCAAAAUAUUACAAUAAAACAAAGAAAAACGAAAUUAUUUAAAUAAUAGCACUAUAGUUAUUAUCUAAAUACACAAAAAUACAAAAAAAAAACACUAUAAUAAAUAAUAUUAUAAUUAAAAUUAAAA